GGCUGCUUGGCUGAUGCUCUCGCAGCUUUUAGCGGUCGAAGGCUAGCGCAAAAAGCAACAAGAAGAACGUGCGCGGCAGCAUUUUCAGCCAUUAUCACGCCUGCGACGCGAUUUGGCACGGUCUGAGGUGAUGGCGAGCGUUUCUGAAACCCAGGCCAUCUUAUUGGUGCACGGGCCGGAUCGUAAAGGCAUCGUCGCCGCGUUCUCGCAGACGCUCUUUGGCCAUGGAUGCGGCAUCGUCUCCUCCGAGCAGCAUACCGAUGCGGAAUCGAGCGUGUUCUAUCAACGGAUCGUGUUUGAUGCGGCGGCAUUACACACGGACCGCGUGAGCCUCGAGCGCGGCAUCGACGAGGUGGCUAGUCGCUUAGGCAUGACGUGCGAGGUGCGCUGGCCCAAGCCGAAGCGAGUUGCCAUCUUCGUAGCGCCCCCGCGCCCGACCGUCUCGAUGGCGCACCACGAACGCCGCCGCACGCAGGUCUCCAAGUACGCCCACUGCCUCUGGGAAUUGCUCCUCAGGCACGACGCCGGCGAGCUGCCGGGCGUCGAGAUUGUUCAGAUCGUGUCGAAUCACGAAGAUUUGCGGCACGUCGCGGAGCAUUUUUCUGUGCCCUACGCCGUGUUCAAGGUGACGAAGGACACGAAAAGAGCGGUCGCGGCCAGUGCGGAAACCAGGUACUACGCCAUCGAUGCGACGUCGUCCCUGCGCGAUGGCGUAAAAUAGCUCUAGUCGCACAGGUGGAGGACCAGGAGCUCGCGCUCCUCAAAGAAAAGCAGGUCGACCUCGUCGUCCUCGCUAGAUAUAUGCAGAUCAUCACCGACGAGUUCUGCGACGCCUUCCCGCACCGCGUGAUCAACAUCCACCACUCGUUCCUGCCGGCCUUUAUUGGCUCGAAGCCGUACCACCGGGCGCACGCGCGCGGCGUGAAAUUAGUCGGUGCGACGGCGCACUACGCGACGGCGGACCUCGACGAGGGUCCGAUCAUCGAGCAGGACUGCGCGCGCAUCUCGCACAAGAACUCCAUCGACGACCUGCUGCGCAAGGGCCGCGUCCUCGCCCGGCGCCGAAUCAGGAUCUUGUGGGGGUCGCGGCGACGGCGUGGUGGGGGCUAGACGUUACGAUGCCGCGCAGGUGCUCGAGAAAAACGUCCUCGUGACGGCCGUCCGCGCGCACGUCGAGGACCGGAUCAUCGUGUACGAGAGCAAGUGUGUGGUCUUCGGGGAGUGACGUGUCUCUCGCGGCCGG